UUUGGUGUAAAAGUUUCUUCUGUUAUCUUUCUGAAGAACUGUUGACGACGUACGCAGUAUAAAGCAUAUAUAUGUCUCUUGAACAGAAUUCUUGCCAACAAUUUGAGCAGUCUCAGGAGGACACAGUCUGUAGCUACAACACCACAUAUGAACCUGAAUGUGAACUAUCAUUUGGAGAGGACUUUAUUACUGAAGAUUCAAUUUCUCCAAAGAAAAGAAAGAUUGAUAAAGAUGGGUUUUUAUGUCCAGCUACUCCAGACAUACCACUGACCUCAAGUCAACAUGGACAACAGAAACAUGAUGCACAAGAAGGUUCAGAACCUGAGACAGAAUCUGAGUACCAAGAACAAUAUGAGGCAGAGGAUAUUCACUGUGAAUCAUCUCUACAAGGUCUGUCUCAGUUCAAUGAAGAUCCAAAAGACAGGUCAAUGAUGUGUAUGGCAGAACUUGUACAAGAUCUUGGACAAGACAGUAAAAUGCUACAUAACCAAUGGGCUGAAACUUUUAGUGAAAGUGAAAACUUUGAGAAUUUGUGUCCAACACGACUAGAUAAGAUGAUUGAGCAGGCCAAGCAACUAGAAGAAAGUCUCCUGAAGCAGAAAGAGUUACUGUGCAACAGACUGAAUGUUAUAUCACAUAUUAUAAAAGCUAGCAUAACUGAAGGACCAGGAGGGGACCAUUAAUCACCUACGAUAGUAGAGGGGCAUAAUGUUUUCUGGUCUGUGCAUCCGUUCGUUCGUUCGUCCGUCCGUCCGUCUGUUUAUUCGUCCGUCUGUUACACUUCAGGUUAAAGUUUUUGGUCAAGGUAGUUUUUGAUGAAGUUGAAGUCCAAUCAACUUGAAACUUUGAAAGUAUACAUGUUCCCUUUGAUAAGAUCAUUCUAAUUUUAAUGCCAAAUUAGAGAAUUUAUUCCAAUUUCACGGUCCAGUAAACAUAGAAAAUGAUAGUGCGAGUGGGGCAUCCGUGUACUGUGAACACAUUCUUGUUAAUUAAUAAACUUUGAUGAAAAUUAGGUUUUAAAAAUUUUCAUAAUAAUGAUAAAUAAGUUAUUUACAAUUCAUACAGACUCAUGUGUUGCAAAAUGUAUACAGUAUAGAAUUUAAUUUAACAAUUUUCAAAGAAAAAUCUAUUUUGAUUUUUUUUUUCUUCAGAAUUGUUGAAUAAAAGCUGAUUGGAAGCUAAUUGAAAGUAAAUCACUAUAUUGAAUACAUGACUUUAGAUAUGUUGACUAAUUUAUUUUACAGAAAUAACAUUGACUUUAGAUUAUUUUAGAAAAUUGUCAUAUGCUUAAAAAUUAAUUAUUCAUAUAGUAAUAGCAAAGUAGAAUAAGUUGGUUUACAUUACUGUGCAGUCAAUAAUUUGUAAAAUAUUAUAUUACAAAGAAUAUAUGAUGGGAUAAAUGACAUUUAAAAUGUAAAAUAAAUAUGAUCAAUACUGAAAAGUUCAGAAAUCUUUGUUUGUGGUUUAUUGUUCUCUUAUUUUUGAAUGUUUGUUAUUGUUAUAUUGUUAUGAAAUUUAACUAAUGUAUAAUUAAAAAUAUAUUAAUCUUC